AUGAAUAUCAAAGGCUCUUCCGCUGGUGACCCAGCUUCGCUCGAAACAUUCAUGUCUGAAAUUACCACAAAGCAACAGAAAAGGGAAUCUUUAGCUAUAAACAUCCAUAAACUGAAGAAAAUAGAGAGAUCAAUGAUCCUCACUCAGAAAAACUCUGCUAAACUAGAAGAGCAAGGUGAGAUUUUACUUAAGCAUGAACUGAUCGUUAAAGACGCUGUUGUAAACAAAGCUCUGGAUGUAAGACUACAAAUAUUUCAAGCGGAUCUUCAAAGAACGAUUGAAAACAGACUUGACGAGUUCUCCUGAAAGUUCUCAGAUCUCAUCUCUAAAAAGGUAGAUGCUUCCUUUUACAAGGAAACCCUUGAUUCAAAAGCAGCUAAGACUGAGUUGAACAAGACCAAUGAGCAGGUUAUGGAAUUCAAUGAGAAAAUGGAGCUUUUGAAUCAGUAUCUAGAAAAGCUUAGACGAGACGAAGAGGAAAAACGUAACCCAGUCCAAAAUGAAAUCGACCGGCUGGAUAACGAUAAAGCAGACCAGCUCGAAUUCAUGGAAUUGCAACAGAAAGUUAUCGAUCUUAAAGAGAUAGUCGACUCUUUUGAUGAAGAUGAUGAGGAUGAGUUCGAUGAUGAGGAUAGUGUAGAAGAAGAUGUGCUAUCACUCAAUCAAUCUGGCAAUAAUCUUAAUGCUAAUUCAAAUUCUGCUAGUGAUAAAGACGAACAAAAGGUUGAAGAAAAUGCUGAAGAGCAACAACCUGAGGAGGAAAAUAAGGAUCAAACCAUCAAUGAGGUUGCCUCAGUUGAGAAAAGAAAAGAGGUCCUUCAUGAUAUGCCAGAUAUGUCCCAAAUAAAGUCUAUAAUUGAGGAAAAUCCUUUAACAAUGCCUUUAAAGACUGUUGUUAAAACAAACUCUGUAUCACCUGCUGACUCUCCUCAAUACUUACAAAAGAUAAAUUUAUCGAAUAUAGAUACUCAGAAGGAGGUUCAUCUCCAAGAUGAUGACUUCAAAUCCCCAAUAAUAAAGCCUGUAAAGAUAGACAUGACCCAGAAAUCGAAGAGGGAUACAACUCCUGACCCUGCUACACCUGCUGUGCAUUUAAAGAGUACUGAGAAGGAAGAGUCUGUGUCUAAAGAAACUCCUCGUAUUGAAGCUGCUCCAUCAGUGAUGAACUCAACUGCUGCUGCUAAAAAUGAAUCAGGGUUUAACUUUAACAAUACAAAGGAAAGCUUUAAUAAGAGUAGUUUUACUAAAACAUCCAAAGUCCAGAGGAAGGAGACAGAGUCUACUGUAAAGUCCAGAAGUAAACUCUCUCGCAUGAACUCUAAGAUGUCCAUGGUAAGCAGUCGCAGGAAAGGCCCAGGAGCUGGUCUAAAGACUAAGAUAGAUGAGCUCAACAAGAAGGUGCAAAUUUCAAAUCUUAAUAUGGAAAAAGCACUCGAAGAUUUUAAAACUAUGAAGAACCAGGAAGCUCAGAGACAUGAAAGAUUUCAAGAGAUGGAUGAUCUUGUCACAUAUCUUCAGAAAAAUUAUGAUCAAUGGCUCGAUGAACACCAAGAAAUUAUAAUAAGGCAUCAAGAGCUAGAUGAGCAGUAUAAUAAAGGAUUAGUGGAUAUCUCUGAUAAAUACUCAAAAAUCUCAAAAAUUUAUAAAGAAACAAAGCAAAUGGUCGAAGCCAACCGCAAAGCAUUCAAGGAUGGAUUUGAGAGGAUAAUUAGGUGAGAAGUCAACCAGCAAGAGGAUCACAGGCGCAUUCAAGUGUUGCAGAACAAAAUUAAAGAAGACAUGCUCAGUAAGGCACUUCCAAAUGAGAGUUUGGAAAAAUUGCAAGAGAACUAUGCUGGCAAUGUUGAUGAGAAGUUUGAGGUCCUUUAUGAUAGAAUACAUCAAAUGGCCACAGACCAAGCUGAUUUCAAUCUCAAAAUGAAGAAAUCUUUGGAUAGACUUGGUGCACCAAUUCAGAAACAAAUGGAAACAAUGAUAAAAGAGAAUGAGUUAAUGCAUAUUGAGCUGGAGAGAUCACAAAAUCAUAAUCGGGAGUUAUUGACUUCAUGAGGAUUCUUUAGAAACAAUGACAAUCUCAAAAUAAGUAAUGAUUCUCAAUUCAGCGAUUUCAAAAGGAAAAAGAGUAUGCUCAAAAGACAGGGCAUGAACGCUCUUGGAAACACAACUUUGAACUUAACAAGUCUUUCAUUUGGAAAAUCAAAGCCUGAUUAUGAUACUUCUGAUCAUAAGAACCAAGUGUCAUUCCAGUUCGAUAGCUACAUUCCCAUGGCUAAACGCUCUAAAAGAGCUAGUCCGAUCACCUUCAGUGCAAAUCGGUCAAAAAUAAAACUAUUCAAACCCUCAAAAUCAACCGACAGAAAAUCCUUCGACUCUAAUGGAUAUUCUCACCCCUCCAAAAUCAAGCUCUACACAGACUAAUCCCAAUUUUUCUUUAGCUAAAUACACCUAUUUGGCCCUCUAUUUGC